UUUUAUCCAGCGGAGGAGGUUGUCGUGUUUGUUGUAUCAAUUUGUAUGUCAAUUAUCAAUUAACCCUUGUUAAUAAUGGCCUGUUGAUUAUUAAAAAGCAGUGCUUGCUGCAGAUAUUAUCGAUGUGCAGUGUAGUGUGUGUGUAAAUAAUGGCUGCUGGCGGCGAGGAACUGUGGCGCGAGUGCGCGUCCUGGCUGACGAGAUGUGGCUUGCUGCGUCCGGACCACAAGGCAAAUUGGGAGACGAGUACUAUACACGAUUUGGCUUAUACGUUACGUGACGGUGUUUUACUUUGCAAUUUAUUAAACGUAUUGCAUCCUGGCUGUAUCGAUAUGAAGGAUGUAAAUCAAAGACCGCAAAUGGCUCAGUUUCUAUGCAUGAGGAACAUUAAAGUAUUUCUGCGAACAUGUCAUGAAGUUUUUGAGCUACGAGAAACAGAUCUCUUUGAUCCUUCAAUGCUCUUUGAUCUCUCCAACUUCCACAGAGUGCUGUGCACUCUGGCUAAACUCAGCCAGUGCCCUAAGUCAUUGGCUAAAAAUGUUAAGCCAUUCUCAGCUCAUCGGACGCAAUCCGAAGAAGAUAUAUACAAAGAUCUGCAAUCUGUCGGCGUCGCGUGCCCGCCGCGUGUGCCUGAAGUGAGCGAGUACACGAGCUACUGCGCGCGCAUCCGAGACGAGGAGAUCUACCGCGACCUGUGCGCGCUCAAGCCGGCGCCGACGCAUGCGCAUGCGCCCCACGCGCACGCCGCUCACGUCCAUUCGCUGCAGAACAACGCUUUCGCUCUGGCAACAUCGUCGCACAGUCUAGAGAAGAGAGAUUACGUUAUAAGGGAGCUCGUAGACACGGAAUGCAAUUACGUCGACGUACUGAGUAAAAUAAUUAAAUACUUCCUGAGGCCGUUGACACCGUACCUCAAACCUCAAGAUUUGCAAGUUAUUUUCUUUGGUAUAAAGGAGCUGCACGAGACACACUCCGGCUUGCUGCGUCAGCUUCGGCUGGCGACGGAAGCUUGUGUGCCGGGCGGGGGUGCGCCGCGGCUCGCCGACGUGUUCCUAGCGUGGCGCGAGCGGCUGUUGCUCUACGGGGACUAUUGCUCCAACCUUACACACGCACAGGACACGCUCAAGACCCUCGAGGCCAGAGACAACACAUUCGCUAAACAACUAGUGAAAUGUCAGAAGGAACACAGCGAUGGUCGUAUACAGCUGCGGGACAUACUGUCGGUGCCGAUGCAGCGCGUGCUCAAGUACCAUCUUCUGCUCGACAAGCUGGUGCACGAGACGCAGCCGAACCAUGAAGAUUUCCGUGGGCUGGAGCGCGCGAAAGAAGCAAUGGUUGAUGUGGCGCAAUAUAUCAACGAGGUGAAGAGAGACAGCGAAGUAUUAGCUUUACUUUCCAAAGUACAGGAGAGCAUAAUAGACUGGGAGUACGGCGAGCUGGGGGCAUGCGGCGCGGGACUGGCGGCGUACGGCCGGCUGCUACUCGACGGCGAGCUCAAGGUGAAGGCGCACGAGGACCAGAAACUGCGCUCCCGAUACGUCUUCGUCUUCGAUAAGCUUAUGCUGCUCUGCAAACCCGUCAAGGAUAAUCAGUACUCGUAUCGCAUUGGGGUCCGGCUGGCGGAGUACCGCGUGGAGGAGGCGAACGCGCGACGCACACUCCGCGGUGAGUCGCGGUGGGCGGCGCACUUCUACCUCGUGCGUCGCAACAAGCGCGCCACCUUCACGUUGUACGCACGCACUGACGACUGCCGUCGCAAGUGGAUCAAGGCCAUUAGAGAUGCCAUAGACAAUCUGGAACCUUCCGGAUGCCGCAGCACCAACCAUAAGUUCGUGCUGCAUACGUUCGACAAGCCCGCCACCUGCCAUCACUGCUCCAAGUUCCUUAAGGGCAGAAUAUUUCAGGGGUAUCUGUGCUCGGUGUGUAAUGCGUGCGCGCACAAAGACUGCAUCGCGCUGUCGGGGCGCUGCGGCGGAGGACUGGCGCCUGCGCCCCCGCUGCCGCCGCACUCGCACCAGCCCGACCAGGCGCUGCACUACUACAUGUGGUAUGUUGGUGAGAUGGGUCGUGAGACGGCGACAGCUCGCCUCGAGCGUCGUGUGGACGGAACGUUCUUACUGCGUGUGCGACCUCGCGCCGCGCUGCACUCACCCACCGACACACACUAUGCCCUCUCCUUAAAAACGGACAACACGGUGAAGCACAUGCGCGUGUGUCGCAAGCCCAUAGACCAGGUGCCGCACUACUAUCUGUCGGAGUCGCGCUUCUUCCGCAGCGUCGUCGAGCUCGUCUCCUACUACGAGGUCACCAGUCUUGCAGAGAACUUUGUCGGUUUAAACUCGAAUCUGCGCUGGCCGUUCCGUCGCGUUGUGGCGACUGUGAUCCAUGACUUCCGGCCGCUGGAGUCAUCUCAGCUCGCUCUGCGUCCCGGCGCCAAGCUGCUGGUGCUCAGCAAGGAGGGCGACAGCCGCGGCUGGUGGAAGGGCAGGACUUUAGACAAGGAUGACAACAGAUCGGGAUAUUUCCCGAAGGAGUGUGUGCGAGAGGAGCCUGAAUGUAUCGGGGCACUGGACUGAUGCCAGCUUUGCCUCGCCGAGCGCGAGCUACACUUUGUCCCGCCCCCAAGUGAUGGCGACCUGGUCUAAGCCCCGCCCACAGCCACGCCCCUUCACCACGCCCAUUUAGUAACAAGGGGAUUAGAAUAGCGGUUACAAUUGCAUGUAAACCGUUAAAGGUUUGGUUUUG